AUGGUGGGGACGCGAUCGGGAAGAAGAACGUCCAGAAAUACCACCACAAUGGAGGAUGGGCAGGCUGUGUCAGUAAGACCGGAUAAGCCCGACGAAAACGAUACAUCGAGCGUUGUUGCGGUUUACGAUUUGCCCUCAGAUUCCUCUAAUGACACCAACUCUAGGAAUCCAAUGGGAUUUCAUAAGAAAUGUGCAUCCAGUGAUCUUGCUGAAGGAACUUCACUCAUUCAAAUUCCCUCCGGUUCGCGGCGUAGGAAAAGCCGUUCGUUCUCGGUUUCUUCUGAGAGCUCUCCGAAGAAGUUGGAUAGGCUUCAACCAUCCCGUAACGAUGACGAAAUGAACACCACUCCAUCUCACGUGGACGAUUCGACGACUGUUUUGCCAAACACCGCUCCCGCGAAGACCGGAGGGGAAGUAGCUUCACCUAACUCCGCUUUGAAAAGGAAGGAAAAGACAAAGAAAUGCUCUAUCGAGGUGAUUUUUGCUCAGUCGCAAAAUGAAGCACGUUUCAGGGCAGUAUCCGUGAUAGAUUCGUUUUGCAAGUGA